AUGUCGCAAGGAAGCUCUUCUUCCCAAAUUAGGUGUCGUUGUGGCAUCAUUGCAAACCACUUCACUUCAACGACUCCAUUAAACCCUAGAAGGCGAUUUUAUAAAUGUCUGAAGCCUAAUAAUCGUUCUUGUGGUUAUUUUGAAUGGGAAGAUGAAAUCUCGUUGAAUAGUGAUUUGGUUACAACUAAAGAUCUAACAUCAUCUUUGGAAGCGAUUAAAAAUGAUAGGGAUAAAUUGAAAGAAGAAUUAAUUGCCAUGGAGGCUCUACACCAAGCUGAAGCUGUAAAAUUAAUGAAAUUGAAAGAGAAGGUUUUGAAGGCGAGGAUGAUGCUUAUGAUUUCAUGGGCACUUUUUAUUGGAUUUGUUGCGGCGUUGAUGAUAAAGUGA